CAGGCCUUGGACACCUGCUGUCGUCGACCCCUUAGUGCAUCGCCCCUGCUCCCUGCUUCCUGGGGUGGCUGCCCAGCCAAGGGCGGGACGCAUGCCUACUUGGUGGGCCUGGGUGCUGCCCGGCUAGAGCCUCUGCCGCUGGCUCCCCGCGGGUACAGCAUGCUGGGUACCACGCUUCUGCUUCUGGCCCUGCUCCUGGGGACCACCACCUUGCCCAGCAGGCCACCUGGUAUGUAUGAUCUGGGGGACACGAUCACACAGCCCUUCUUGUCACCGUUCUCGGACGACCUCUCAUCCACUCCGCCUGGGAGAGUGGGAGGUGGUGUCCACCCCAUCCCCCAUUUCCAGCCUCUCUGGGAUCCCCAAUUUCAAAUAGUCCCAGCAGACAAGUUGAGGCCAAGGACUGGAAGGGCAGCAACGGGCAGACGACUGUCAGGGACCGAUGUGUGCGGGUGGCCCUCGACGCAGGGGCCCUGGCCGCGUGGACCCCUUAUCAGCUUGGAGCUGUUGGACGCGGAGGACGCUUUCUCGCGCGGCGCGGGGCCGCUCGAGGUCCCGGCCGACAGCCGAGUGUUCGUGCAGGCGGUCCUGGCCCGCCCCUCCCCGCGCUAGGGCCUGGCCCUACACCUAUGCUAGGUGACGCCGUCCUCGCGCCCAUCCCCUGAGCCCGCUCUGGCGCUUCCGCGCGGGGGCUGCCCCGCCGACUCCUCGGUCGCCUUCCCUCCACCGCCGUCCCCCGCUCUGGGGACUCCCGCCCCCACACGCUUCAGUUUCCUCUGGCGCCAGGUCUCCAACGCCUCGGUGCAGUUCCUGCACUGCCAGCUGAGUCGCUGCUGCCGCCUCCGGGAAGCCCGCCGGACGCCCGCGCCUCUGACGCUGCCGCCACCGUCGCAGUGUCUGCCUCAGGAUGAGGCGUGCGCGGGCGCCAGCCGCGGCCGCGGCGAGAGCCUGGGUGCCGACAGCCCCCACCUGCACACGCUGACGCAGCCCAUCGUGGUCACCGUGCCGCGGCCGCCGCCCCAGCCACCCAAGGGCGUCCCGGGCCGACCCAUGCGCCCCAAGCCUGCCGCGCCGGCCACGGCGGCCCUGGAGCCCGCGCCGGUGGUGGCGCUGGUGUUGGCCGCCUUUGUGCUGGGCGCCGCGCUGGCCGCGGGGCUUGGCCUCAUCUGCUCUGUUCGCGCGCGUCGGGACCCGAGGCGGCCGCUAUCCCUGCGCGGGCCCUGA